UUCCACAUAAAUAUAAAAAGACACAAGAAUUUCAUUCACUCUCUCACAGCCAUUUCAUAAAAACAACAGCUUUUUUGUUUGUUUAUUGCAAAAUUCCAAGAAAGAUCUGUAGAUAAUAAUCAGAAAAACUAAUGCAGGUUGUGAGAAGAAUCCCAUCAGGAGAAGGCGUAGAGAUGCGUGAACGAUCCGAGACGAACCGGGUCAGACGGAGGAGUCAUGGGUCGGGUCUUAGAGUUCGAGUGGCUUGUACGUGUUCGGGACGGCCUGGUUCAACGAAGUGUGUACGGCACGGGUUUAUGGUGCCAAGCGAUGACAAGCUUACGCGGAAGGCGAGCGAUGGAAGCAGAGAAGUCUUGCGGAGAGCUUUGACGCCUCCGAUCCGGCGGAUGAAUCUCCGGUGGUUAAACUUCCGGCCAACUCCUAGCCGACUCUGUAGAAUGUCUUCCGUUUGAUUUAUAAAAUUGGAUACUUAAAGCUGAGAACUUUUUUGUUUUUGUUUGAAUGUAAAUAAAAUUGAGAUCUUUUUGUUAUGGUCAUGUUGGAAAUCGAAUAAGAUUCAGACCCAAUCGCAGAUAUU